CAUAUAGUCCACCAUAAAAAAAAAAAAAAGAGAGAGAAAGAGAUCGCGAAAACCAACAUUUUGGUGGGUUGUUGGCAACUCUGGUGCGCGAAAUCGAGGGCUUGUCUUUUGUUCAUUCCCUCUCUCUCUUCGAUUCGAUUCGAUUCGAUUCGCUUCACAAUUUGGCGAUUCGAUCUGUAAGUUAUUAGGGUUAUCCAUAGUUUUUAAUUCCUCUUCAAUAUGAUGUGUUGAAUUCAAGCUCAAUUUUGCAAAUUUUUGGGUUUUUUUUUUGGUAUUUAUAUGGUUGUAGAAUGGGGGAGAUCUGAAAAUCUGCAGAUCUUGCUUUUUUGUGCUCUGUUCGCGGUGAUCUAGGGUUAGUGUGUUAGAAUUAUUUUUUUUUGCUUUGGAUCUCUAGUUUUUGUUACGUUACUAGCUUGAAUUUCGAGGUAUUGGGUUCGGGGAGGAGCGAUUUUCGAAGGAUUUGAGUGAUUUUGGUGGUGAAUUGAGUGGGAUCCAGAGGGGUUGUUAGGGUUAGGCUUGGCCGAUGGCUUCGAAUCCUCCAUUCCAGGUGGAGGAUACAGAUGAGGAUUUCUUUGAUAAAUUGGUCGAUGAUGAUGAUGAGUACAAGGUCACUCCAUCGUCGUCAUCGGUGCCUAAUUUUGCCGAUGGCAAUGAAUCUGAUGAGGCAAAAGCGUUUGCGAAUUUGAGUGUCGGUGAGACUGGGUUUGAAGAUUCAGGCGGCGAGGGUGGGAUUGAAGCAGAAGGAGGGGCUAUUACUGGGCACGGCGAAGGUGGGAUUGAAGCAAAAGGAGGGGCGAUUACUGGGGAUGUUAAUAAGGUGUCGGUGGAUGCUCAUGUAGAACAUAAUAGUUCCUUAGUAUCAUCCAAUUCCUUUGCGUUUGAUGGUAUAGUUGAAUCCCUCAAUGAUGUUAAGGAAUCAGAGGUUACACCAGAUUCGGCAAUAAGCAAGAGUAAUGGAUCUGUGGGUUCAGGUGUUAAGGAGGUGCAAUGGAGUGCAUUUAGUUCUGAUUCAGCGCAGGAUGGAUUUAAUGGAUUCGGAUCGUAUUCGGAUUUUUUCAGUGAAUUUGGAGAUGGUGCUGUUGAUCCUCAUGGAAAGGUGGUAGAUAAUUUGAAUAGUGAAACAAAGACUGUACCUGGCAAUGAAGAACUUAAAACUGCUUAUACUGACAACGCCUAUAAUUAUGCACAAUAUCAGGAGAAUCAAGUUUAUGGUGCAGCUACAGAACAAAGUGGUGCAGCUACGGAACAAAGCACUGAGGUACAGGAUCUAAAUAGUAGUCAAUAUUGGGAGAAUCUAUAUCCAGGGUGGAAAUAUGAUGCAAAUACUGGGCAGUGGUAUCAAGUGGAGGGUUAUGAUGCCACAGCAAAUGCACAAGGAAGCUUUGACACCAGUCUAGUUGGCGAUCAUGCUGUUUCUGAUGGAAAGUUGGAUGUUUCUUACAUGCAACAAACUGCUCACUCUGUUGCGGGGGCUGUAACUGAGAGUGGUUCGACAGAAAGCGUCACUAACUGGAAUCAGGUGUCACAAGAGAGUGGCAUCACUGGGAGUGUUUCUAAUUGGAAUCAGAUGUCACAAGGGAACAAUGGAUACCCAGAACAUAUGGUUUUUGAUCCUCAAUAUCCUGGUUGGUAUUAUGAUACAAUUGCCCAAGAAUGGCGCUCGUUGGAGACCUAUACUCCAUCUGUUCAAUCAGCUGUUCAAUCAACCGUUCAAGCUCAUGAUCAACUAAACCAAAAUGGGUUUGCAUCAACUGGUAACUUAUCUGGCGGUAAUGAUCACAAAACAUAUGGUGAAUACGGGCAAGUCAGCAAUUACAGGUCUGAAGGCUUUGGUAGCCAAGGGCAAGAUUACAACUGGAACGGAUCCUUCAGUAAUUACAAUCAGCAGGGCUUAAAUGUGUGGCAACCUGAGACUGUUGCCAAGAGCGGUUCGAAUGUGUGGCAACCUGAGACUGUUGCCCAGAACGAGUUUAGUUCAGAUUAUGGUGGAAACCAACAAUUGGAUAAUCAUUAUGGUUCAACUUUUUCUGUUGCUAACCAUGUCAAUCAAUUGAAGUCUAAUGAUUCAAGGGGAACAGUUCCAUCUUAUGAGAAAGCAAGUCAGGUUCAUAAUGACUUUUCGACAAUUUCUGGGUCACAAAGCUUUGUUCCUGGUGGGAACUUCAACCAGCAGUUUAAUCAGCCAAGAAUGGAGCCAAAAGAGCAAAUGCAUGCCUCAAGUGAUUACUAUGGCAAUCAGAAUUCAGUAAAUUUUUCCCAACCAUUUCAGAGUAGCCAUCAAUACUCUUAUGCUCCCAGCGCUGGUAGGUCAUCUGCAGGCCGUCCUCCACAUGCUUUGGUUACUUUUGGAUUUGGUGGAAAACUCAUUGUGUUGAAAGACAAUAGUUCUCUCAAUACCUCAUCAUACGGAAGCCAGGAUCCUGUAGGAGGCUCAAUCUCUGUUCUCAACUUGAUGGAAGUUGUCACUGGCAAAACUGAUGCAUCAAGCACAAGAUUGGGCGCUCAUACUUAUUUCCAUACACUUUGCCGACAAUCUUUUCCUGGUCCGAUGGUUGGUGGUAAUGUUGGUAACAAAGAGUUGAACAAGUGGAUUGAUGAGAGGAUCACAAACUGUGGAUCUACUGAAAUGGAUUACCGAAAGAGUGAAGUUUUGAGGUUGCUUCUCUCAUUGCUCAAAAUAGCUCAUCAGCAUUAUGGAAAACUUCGAUCUCCUUUUGGCACUGAUACUGCAUCAAAGGAAAGUGAUGCUCCAGAAUCAGCAGUUGCCAGACUUUUUGCAUCUGCCAAGAUAAAUAGUGCGCAAUAUGGUGCUCUUGCCCACUGCUUGCAGAAGUUGCCAUCAGAAGGACAGAUGCAGGCAACUGCUGCUGAGGUACAAAGUCUUCUGGUCGCUGGUAGAAAGAAGGAUGCUCUACUUUGUGCACAAAAUGGUCAAUUAUGGGGGCCUGCACUCGUUCUUGCUGCACAACUUGGUGACCAGUAUUAUGUUGAUACCGUGAAGCAAAUGGCACUUUACCAGCUAGUAUCAGGGUCACCUCUGCGGACAUUGUGCCUACUAAUUGCUGGUCAACCAGCAGAUGUGUUUUCUACAGACAUUACAACUGAUACUGGAGUUCCUGGUGCUUUAAACAUGCCUCAACAGCCUGCACAGUUUGGCACUAAUGGUAUGCUAGACAAUUGGGAAGAGAACUUGGCAUUGAUAACUGCUAACAGAACGAAAGAUGAUGAACUCGUGCUCAUUCAUCUUGGUGAUUGCUUGUGGAAAGAAAGAAGUGAAAUUAUUGCGGCACACAUUUGCUACUUAGUUGCAGAGGCAAACUUUGAGCCAUAUUCAGACAGUGCUAGGUUGUGUCUUAUUGGUGCGGACCAUUGGAAAUUCCCACGAACAUUUGCUAGUCCAGAGGCUAUUCAGAGGACAGAGUUAUAUGAAUACUCAAAGGUGCUUGGAAACUCUCAGUUUAUCUUGUUACCUUUUCAGCCAUAUAAGCUUAUAUAUGCGCACAUGUUGGCUGAAGUUGGAAAAGUUUCGGAGUCAUUGAAGUACUGUCAAGCAGUAUUAAAAUCUCUAAAGACUGGUCGAGCACCUGAGGUGGAGACGUGGAGACAGUUAGUGUCAUCUCUCGAGGAGAGGAUCAGAACUCACCAACAGGCUGGAUACUCUACAAACUUGGCUCCAGCAAAAUUAGUGGGUAAAUUGCUCAAUCUUUUUGAUAGCACCGCUCACCGUGUCGUUGGGGGACUACCUCCACCUGUGCCUUCUACAUCACACGGCAGUGCACAGGGUAAUGACCAUUAUCACCAAACUAUGGGACCCAGAGUAUCAACUAGUCAAUCAACUAUGGCAAUGUCAUCAUUAAUGCCUUCAUCAUCGAUGGAGCCCAUAAGUGAAUGGACAGCUGAUGGCAACAGAAAAGCAAAGCAUAACAGAAGUGUUUCAGAGCCAGACUUUGGUAGAACUCCAAGACAGGAUCAGGUUGAUUUAUCAAAAGAAGCAACCUCAUCUGAUGCACAAGGCAAAGCAAUCUCUGGGGGAACGUCUCGCCUUGGUCGCUUUAGUUUCGGAUCACAGCUCUUUCAAAAGACUGUCGGAUUAGUCUUGAAGCCCCGCCAGGAUAAGCAGGCGAAAUUGGGUGAAAAGAAUAAAUUUCAUUAUGAUGAAAAGCUUAAGAGAUGGGUAGAGGAAGGGGCUGAACUCCCUGCUGAAGAAACAGCCCUGCCACCUCCACCAACUACAUCGUUCCAGAAUGGAACAUCCGAUUACAACCUGAAAAGUGCGUUAAAAAUUGAAGGGUCUUCUGGAAAUGGAAGCCCAGAAUUUAAAAGCCCAGUUCCUCUGGAACAUAGUUCUGGAAUCCCACCAAUUCCACCCACCUCAAACCAAUUCUCUUCUCGUGGACGGAUGGGUCUCCAAUCAAGGUAUGUUGACACUUUCAACCAAGGUGGUGGAAAUUCAACAAAAUUGUUUCAAUCACCUCCUGUCCCAUCUGUUAAACCCGCUGGCAGUGCCAAUCCAAAAUUUUUUGUUCCCACACCAGUAUCCUCUAGUGAACAGGCAUUUGAGACUAUCUCAGAUAGUAGUGUGCAACAAGUUGCUGCAGUUAACGAAAAUCCUUCCACAUCUGUUAUGAAUGACUCGUUCCAGUCUCCAUCACCUUCAUCAUCAAUGACAAUGCAAAGGUUUCCAAGCAUGGACAACAUCUCAAAGAAAGGGGUGAUGACGAAUGGCAAUGGCCCCUUUCCAUCUCAUUCACGACGUACAGCGUCGUGGAGUGGAAGCAUGAAUGAUGCAUUUUCUCCUCCACAAAGGACGGAAUUGAAACCUCUGGGGGAAGUAUUGCGUAUGCCCCCAUCAUCGUUAAUGCCUGGUGGCACUUCCCACCUGCCAAUGAAUGGUGGCAGUUUUGGGGAUGACCUUCAUGAAGUGGAACUUUAAGUAGGUAGUAGAUGUAAAUGUCAAGUUUUGCUCCUCCCCCACAACUAGUAUAUUCAACUAUCAUGCCCCGGUGCCUCCCAAUGCAAAGUGAUGGUAAGCAACAAGAUUGGUUUGAGGGAAGAAACCAAGAAAUUUCUUUUUUAUUUUAUUUUAUUUUUUAUAUUUCCCUUCGUUGUAAUUUGAAAGGCAGUUGAUUUACAUAAAUGUUUACUGUUAGAGAUAGGUUUCGUUUAAUCUUGAGGAGUUAAACACCGUCUGAUGCUCAAGGAGCUGGUGUUUUUACUAUAAAAACAAAGAAAGCUGAGGGUAGGCAUCGAUGUACAGUCAUUUGUUCAUUUAUUGCGGAAAGUAAAAUCCCUUGAAGAAGUGGAAGAAAUACUUUGAAAGACUUCUAGAGGGAAAAAGAAGCAAGUGUAUCAAGAUGGAAAAGAAUAAGAUGCCUUUUUUUUUGUUUUUUUUUUUCUUUUAAUUGAA